UGGGGCAGCUCUUGUGACCUCCUGCCCCAGGCCCCCAGCACCAUGACAGUUUCAUACACCCUUAAAGUGGCGGAGGCCCGCUUCGGAGGCUUCUCUGGCCUGCUUCUUCGCUGGAGAGGGAGCAUAUACAAACUCCUCUACAAGGAAUUCCUCCUCUUCGUGGCCCUGUACGCUUUGCUCAGCAUCACCUACCGGCUGCUGCUAACCCAGGAACAGAAGCAUGUGUAUGCUCAGGUGGCCCGGUACUGCAACCGCUCAGCGGACCUCAUCCCCUUGUCCUUUGUCCUGGGUUUCUAUGUGACUCUGGUGGUGAACCGCUGGUGGUCUCAGUACACAAGCAUCCCGCUGCCUGACCAGCUGAUGUGCGUCAUUUCGGCCAGCGUGCACGGCGUGGACCAACGGGGCCGCCUGCUGCGCCGCACCCUCAUCCGCUAUGCCAACCUGGCGUCGGUGCUGGUGCUGCGCUCGGUCAGCACGCGCGUGCUCAAGCGCUUCCCCACCAUGGAGCAUGUGGUGGACGCAGGUUUCAUGUCCCAAGAAGAGAGGAAAAAGUUUGAGAGCCUGAAAUCUGACUUUAACAAAUACUGGGUGCCCUGCGUCUGGUUCACCAACUUAGCUGCCCAGGCCCGGAGGGAUGGGCGUAUCCGUGAUGACAUCGCUCUCUGUCUACUUUUGGAAGAGCUGAACAAAUACCGGGCCAAGUGCAGCAUGCUGUUCCACUAUGACUGGAUCAGCAUCCCCCUCGUCUACACCCAAGUGGUGACCAUAGCUGUCUACUCCUUCUUUGCCCUUUCUCUGGUUGGCCGUCAGUUUGUAGAGCCAGAGGCAGGGUCUACCCAACCUCAGGAGCCUCUGGAGCCAGGCCAAGAGCCAGCCCUGGCCUUGGGAGACCUGGACAUGUAUGUGCCACUCACCACUCUGCUGCAGUUCUUUUUCUAUGCUGGCUGGCUCAAGGUGGCUGAACAAAUCAUCAAUCCCUUUGGUGAGGAUGAUGAUGACUUUGAGACCAAUCAGCUCAUAGACCGCAACUUGCAGGUGUCCCUGCUUUCUGUGGACGACAUGUACCAGAACCUGCCCCCCGCCGAAAAGGACCUGUACUGGGAUGAGGACCAGCCACAGCCACCCUACACCGUGGCCACAGCGGCUGAAUCGCUGCGGCCUUCCUUCUUGGGCUCCACCUUCAACCUGCGCAUGAGCGACGACCCUGAGCAGAGCCUGCAGGUGGAAGCGUCCCCGGUUUUGCCUCGGCCCGCAGCCGCCGCGCAGACCCCGCUGCUCGGCCGUUUGCUGGGUGCAGGGGCGCCCUCCCCCGCCAUGAGCCUCCGGAACUUCAGCCGCGCGCGGGGCGCCCCCCGGACCCCACAUCUACUGCGUUUCCGGAUGGAGGAGGGCGGCGACCCUGAGGUUGCCACUCGCAUCGAGGAGGAGGCGGCAGCGGAGUCUGGGGACGAGGCCUUGGAGCCCUGAGGCUGCCCUCCUGCCCCCGGGGUUCCCCGCCCGCUUCUCUCCGGUCUCUACCACCUCCCCACGGCGCCCCGUCCUGCCCGCCGGCGCUGUUAGCACAGCUUUUCCCGAGUGCCUUGAGCUCCAGUGUUAGGCACGGACCUUGAAAGAAAAGAUGGCGGGAAGGGCCUGAGCCAGGGCAGGGAGUGUGUCCACUAUGGCAGGAGAGAAGGUAGGAUGGGUCGCUUGUGGAAGGUGAGGCUAGGAGGAUAAAUGAGACCAGGCACAAAGGACAAGAGUCCAGGAGCAUGGUUAACUUCUCGGUAGCUGGUAGCUAGGCCAGUGGUUCUGCCUUGAGGGAGCGUCAGCAUCCCUGAAGGUCUUGUCAAAAGAGUGCUGGAUUCCUCACGCAGCCCUUCUGCUGCAGUAAAUUUGAGAGUCAUGCAUUAAAAAUGUUUGGAAGGAUAACCCUGAUAACCAUACUCAGAAAAAUGGGCCAGUAUGUGUACUGGAGGACUUUUGCUUUUGCUGUAAUGUUCAAGUGUUUGUUUACAAGGAGAAUGUACGUAUUCAUUUAUUACUUGUGUAAUUAUAAUGGUUUAGAA